GUUUUAGGAGGUAGAUUCGAACUGGUGUAUGGCAUGGUUUAUGGUCUCGGAAAGCGUUUGUUUGUUUGUUUAUGUUGUUUGAUCUGUAAAAAGUCAUCAUAAGUCAUUGUUUUCAGGUUCAGUAAUAUUAUAUAAAAUGGAUAAAGAUUAUCUAAAGACCCUAAAAUAUUCAGAAUUGCAAAAAUUGGCCAAGAAAAAUGGGAUUCGAGCUAACCAGAAGGCCGAUAAGCUUAUUGCUGCACUCAAUCAGAAGGGGGCUACUACAACAAACAAGAGUGUUUCACCACAGAAAAAAAGAAAAUCUGCUUGCAAACGUGACAUGACAAAUGUUUUAACACCACAGUCGCAAGAAGAGACUGCAGCAGUUCAAAAACCAGCACACAAGGUACGCCUUGUUACCCCAAGGUCCCUCAUGACUCCCAAGAAUACCAUGAGGAGCAACAUCACCCCAAGCAGUGCCAGGGUUGUCAACAUGCCAAAAUCUGCAACUCCUCAUCCAAGAAAGUCAAUCGGUGCUACAAACAGUGUUCGCAGACAAUCUGUUAAAUCUGAGACACCAAGAAGCUUUGCGCAAAAAAGGAAGUCGAAAUCAGUGUCUCGUAGAACAUCACCAAGAAUUGCAGCACAAGAAACAACUAAGCAGGACCAAAGUGGUGAGGAUAAGAAAGUCCGCCGUUCAACGUUUGAAAUAAAAAAUGAUGACGCUACUGGUACUAAGAACAAUGACAAUGCACCUGCAAAGGUGAAAGAGCCAGCAAAAGCUAACUGCAACAUUCCUCGGUUCUCAGCAUUUUUAGCUGAAAAAAAGAGAGCUACAUUGGCAACAACCUCAGCAACAAAGGACUGGAGCAAGGUACACAAAAGACAGUUCGAUAAGAUGGAGUCCAUUGACGACUACCUCGCACGAAAAAGGCAAAGAACUGACGAGCUGACUUCAUCUGUCAAGAAAGCAAAGACUUUGACAGAACGUACAAAAAAUGCUGUAGAGAAUCUAAAAGCUUAUCGUACACCACCUGCAAGUGCUAACAAGAAACGCAGGUUAUCUAAGGCAGCACCAGUCCCCCCACCAUCUUUCCAGUCGCCAGUCUUUGUACCGAAAGUGACAUCAACAAAGAACAUGAGUGUGAAGUUUGACAAGGGUACCAAGUCGUCGUCGGUGUUUGUAUUCAAGGGGACGAGUGCCAGGAAGUCCCUCAAUGCCAGUGAAGCUCGCAAGUCGGUUGGCUCUGCACUGACACCCUUCAAGUUCAAAGGGACUGGAAACACAAACACCCCAGGACCUGUAUCGGCCAAGAAGGCAACCUUUGACCUGAAGGCUAGCUUGGCUAAACCGCUAUCAUAUAAGCCGUAUACAGGUAAGCUGAGUGACAACAAGAAAUUGAAUGUAGAACAAGCAAAAGAGAACCUGAAAAAGCCGAAGGUGACGAGCAUGGCAGAGAGGCGAGCAAAUGCAGUGAAGCAGAGAUGUGUCAAAAAAAGUAAUGCUAUAAAUGCAAGGCGUGGCAUCAAGGUGUAAGCAUCUGCAGGUAGAUAGUUUUACCAGAUUAUCUAAGAUCUGUCCACACUAUCAAAGUGAUUUGCCUAUAUAUGGGCAGAAUGGUGUCAUCACACCCAUAUUUGGGUAUAGCACGGUAUGGAUAAGUUGUAUAUAUAUAUAUUGUACAUUCUUUUUGAAAGCAUUUUAGACCAUUUUUAGAAUAAUGUACUAUGUUGUAUUUUCUAAUCUUUGUUUUUGUUAUAUGUACAAGCAUGCAGUUUUAGGAUUCUCCUUUUUUGGCUUGUAAAUAGAAUUUCUGUUUUUAUAAAGUACUGGUCCUUUAUAUAUUGAAAUAAAAUGAUUUACAAAUAAUACAAUACUUCUUAGCUGAAUGUGCUAUGUUAUAUGGACAACUCUCUUGUAAAGUAUUACUUUUUUAAUGCAUCCCAACUGUCAAUUAUAAUUGUAACAGUGUUUAUCGAAAGAUGCAACAGUGUUUGAAUCUAAGCAAAUAACUUAAGCAGAGCACUUAAGCAGAGCACUCACCGCGUUGUACGACGGUCGCAAGACCGCUGCACAGCGGUCGUAAGACCGUUGGCCGAAAAAAUCCCACUCCAUUCCCUGUGAGCGAUAGACGACCCAACAGCGUCUGCCGAUUGUCAGUGACACUCUGAACGGUCUGUCAUUAAAAACAAUAUUUUGUGCUCACGGUAUGGCACUGUGAUCUCCAUAGAAUUGGGGCAGUGAAUGCUUUGAUUAGAUCUGUUUUACUCUGCCUGUAAGCUCUCUAGAUUCUGUGAUAUCAUUUAAUGAAAUUAUUAGGAUGAAUGUAAAAGUAUUUCUUGAAGAUAUAAGUGGUGAGUAAGCAACAAAAACAUAAAUUCCUUUAAACAAUGUUUUAAAAUAAUGAUUCCAAGAUGAACAAGUGUAAUACUUGUUGAGAUUACAAAGUACUGUACUAGGAUAAAUAUGCAGGUCAGUGUUUUUUUUUAAUUUUUAUAGAUGGCUUCACAAUGAAUUUAUAAUAGUGUUUCAUGUGGAUAUAAUCAUGUAGUAUUGACUUUUGAAUCUCCAUUUUGCUUUUUAAGUUCUUGUUGCAUCUUAUUAAUCUAUAUUUUAAAAUUUCAUUUAUGUUCAAAAUAAAUAGAAAAAAAAUUGGGUAAUCUUUGAAAGUAAUUUUCAUGCAAAAUGAUAUACCCGUGUACACCGUAAUUCCACAAUUAACUUGAGAUUGAGUAUGAACAUAUUUACUUUAAAUAGUCUUGCAAUAAAAUGCUAUCUGGACUCGAGGCCCAGACUAGAACUACCUUCCUGGCCCUCUGGCUACAGUCACCUCCCAAAAAACUUUACCAGAAUUUAAGUUCAAUGGGAUGGACAACUACACAAUGGACUAUGCCACAGGUGGGUUGAGUGUGGGCCGCAUGUGGCCGACAGAAAUUUUUUUUUCCGAAAAAAAUGAAUUAAAAACCCUAAGUGUGCGGCCCCCUAGAAAACACCUUGCUUUUUACGACCUGACGCCGAUCAUAUGUAAAAAGCAACGUUAAAACUGAGAAAAAAGUGGUGUAAAAGCAGUGCUUUGAGGUUUUUGGAAGCAGACUGGACACAUCAAAGUUUGGGUGCAGCCCUCAGUGUUAAAUCAAAAAUUAGCUUUGGCCCUUUGACCGAUUUUUAUGUCCACCCCUGAAUUACGCUGUAUUUUUUUUUUUUUUUUUCAUUUACUGAUUGUACUCUGCAUAUAUUUGUUUCCGGCAUUGAUAGAUUCUUCAUGUGGUUCAAAUUAAUUUGGUAAUCUUUGAGCAUCUUCUACAUUAUCUACUUAUUGUGCCACCCUGGAACUCACCUCUCUGUCUUAUUUUUAGGCACAAACUACUGAUUUUUUUUCCCAAGUCCAUUUACAUUUGAUGUUCUGUAUAUAUAUAUGUACAGUUUGAUGUUCUGUAUAUAUAUAUAUGUACAGUUAGUCAAAAACACACUUAAACAGUAAAUUUCUGAUUGCUUUUAAGUAACACAAAAUUAAGCCAAAUUUGGUAGCUAUGCAUAUUGUAAUGCUUUUAACUAUGCAUGUUUUAAUUAAGUUUUGAUGUAUCUAAGUAUUUAAAACUUGUGUCUGCAUAAACAUACAGUAGUAAGAAACCAGGCACACUUUUCAAAAUAUUUAUCAUCACCACCAUGUUUUUGUACAGUUCAAUCCUAUUGUAAAAUUGAAUACUUUUGAUUGACUUAAUCUAUCCAUUUCAUAAUGCUUAUCUGUGAUUGGUUCAAUCAUUUUCACUACUAAACAGCUUGUUUGUGAUUGGUCGACGAUCUUAUUUUUCUUGUAAAAUUUCUCAACCUGAUUGGUUCAACAAAAGUGCUUUGUUGAUGAAUAAAAUGUUUCAUGAAAGCAACAUAAA